CAGUCUUUCCUGAGCAUCUGCUUCACACAGGCUGAGGAGAAGAAGCAGAACAGGGUAAAAUACUGGAAAAUCUCCUAAUGUCACCAGUUUAUGGGACUUGCAGCUGGAACAUGGAGCUGUCAGAGUGUGACAUGAAGGGAAAGUCCAAGAGGAAGAGAAGGAGGAGAUGUAAAGGCAAAGGAUGGAGCAACACAGUAUCGCCCUUCAUCAGUCCCAUACAUCACUGGGAUUCUGCAGCAUCAUCAGCUGAGGAUGCAGACAAUUCAAGCACCAGUAGUUUGGAGGUUAAAGAGAAUCAGGUUGAGAAAAACCAGUUGGAGCACAACCUUCUCCGAAAGUAUCAUCCAUCAAUCUUUUGUGCAACUUUUCCACGACAGAGACCAAGAGCACCGAAAAGGAAGCAGUCGCUAGUGGACAGAAAAGACUGGCUGCUCUGCCAGAGCCAUGGGGCUUGUAAAAGAGCAGCCUGGGCAGUGACUCAGAAAAAUGCACUGGUGCAGCUUAACGAGUUACGACCAGGUCUGCAAUAUGAAAUUGUGUCAAAAACUGGUCCACUGCAUGCCCCGGUGUUUUCUGUAGGUGUGGAAGUUAAUGGUUUCCACUUUGAGGGUCAAGGAACUACAAAAAAGCAGGCCAAGCUGAGAGCUGCGGAGCUGGCUCUGCAGUCAUUUAUCCAGUUUCCUAAUGCCUCCCAGGUUCACACCACCAUGGGGAACUUCACCAGCACACCUAUGGAUUUUACUGCAGAUCAACUGGACCUCCCUGAUGCAAUCUUCAAAGAGUUUGAAUCAUCGCUGCAUGAAAACUGCGAUCUUCUACACUGUAGUGCAGCAAAGGAGGAGGUUUUCUCCAGCCUCUGCAACCACAGAUGGCUUGUUCGGUUCUCACUGGACUUGGUUUCCACAAGUAAUCCAAAGAGACGAGACCUUAGCACUUCACUCAGUCCAGUGGCACUGUUAAAUGAGCUGCGACCAGGACUCAGGUACACAUGUCUGACAGAAAGAGUUCACGGCAGGCCAAUGAGGAAUUUUAUCAUGGUGCUCAAACUGGAAGGGAGGGUGUUUGAAGGCUGUGGUCACAGUAAAAGACUGGCUAAGACACAGGCAGCAGCAGCAGCCUUGGAGUCGAUUUACAACAUAAGUCUGGGACCAGAGAAGAAAAUAAUAGGCCUCCAGGGCAGUCGGACCAAAAAUCAGCUACCUCAGGUCUUCGCUGAGUCGAUCUACCACUUAGUGAGAGAGAAAUACACCCAGCUGACGGACAACCGUUGCUCCACCUCACUCGCCCGUCACAAGGUGCUGGCAGGGAUCGUCAUGACCAGAGGAUUUGACCUCAGAUCGGCCCAGGUUGUGUCUCUGGCCACAGGGACUAAGUGUUUGGAGCUGCACAAUAUAAGUGACCACGGAUGUACACUCAGCGACUGCCAUGCUGAGGUCAUCUGCCGAAGAGCGCUGGUUCGAUUCCUUUAUUCUCAACUGGACCUGAUGUUUUGUGAGCCAGAAGAGGGUGAGGAACAGUCCAUCUUCGUACCACAUAAAGGCUGCAGUGGUGGAUUUCGGCUGCAGGACGACAUUUUCUUCCACAUGUAUGUCAGCUCGUCGCCGUGUGGAGAUGCUCGACUCAACUGUCCCUAUGAGACCACAGUUGCAUAUCCCAGCAGGAGGUUUCGCUGUCAUCUCAGGAUGAAGGUGAACGGUGGCGAAGGGACACUGCCUGUCAUGGCACAGAGGGCCAAUCAGAAAGUGGACUGUGUGUCUCAGAGUAAACCUUUUGUCACCAUGUCCUGCACUGAUAAAAUAGCAAAGUGGAGCGCACUUGGCCUCCAGGGUGCCCUCCUGUCUCACUUGGUGGAACCAGUUUACCUGCACAGCCUGACAGUAGGCACACUCAGCCACACAGGUCACCUGGAAAGAGCCAUGGCUCGCCGCCUGGCUUCUGUUGAGCACCUGCCUUUUCCUUACCGACGGAAGCAGCUGCUGCUCGGCUGUCUGAGCAGCAGGGAGCUUCGGCCAGCAGGGAAGGCACCCAGCGUGAGCUUGAACUGGAGCUGUGGUGAUGGAGGCCUGGAGGAGGUCUGCACCGUCACAGGAAGAAGGAAGGACUCAGGAACGCUGUCCCGGCUAUGCAGGCGCUCUCUGUUUACCCGCUGGCUGAAGCUGCAGAAGCAGUUAAAUGGACCUAUUUCAGGUGCAGAGACCACAGCAGUGACAUAUUCUGUUUCCAAGAUGGCUGCUGGACGCUACCAGAGGGCAGUGCAGCAGUUUGGCAGGGCUCUGGAGGGUGGAGGUCUGGGAAUGUGGCUCAGGAAACCUCAACAGCUCAGUCACUUCAGCAUCAGCCAGUGAUGAACUGAGGGUGAAAGACUGAAUACAGAGGCUCACAGUGAAGUUGAUGCAUUUUUCUUUGUCAGGAAUGUGUGUGGACAUUGUGUUUCAACGAGCAGGUGAGUGUAAGGAAUGUGAAAAUUAAUCAAUCAUCAUACAGCAGGAGAUCAA